AUGACCCGUCCUCUCCUCGCUCACUCAGGACUGUCCCUCAGGAGGACUCAGCCUGCUGCUGCGACUCUGCGAGUGCCGUUAGCUAGUGAAGAGAACGACAUACAGUCUCUGAGUCAGAGGGAUGUUUUAGAAGAAGAAUCACUGAGGGAAAUCAGAGGUAUAGGAGCAUCCAUCCUAAGUGCUGGUAAAUCAGCUUUAAAAGGCUUGGCUAAAGGAUUGGCUGAGCAUUUUGCGAAUGGGAAGAGAACAGCUGAAGAACGUGAAGUGAUGAAAAGACUGGAAGCCGCAGUGCGUGAUCUAGAUUCCUUGGAUCAUCCAGAGGAAGCUUCUGAAAAGGAAACCAGAGGCUUCAAUCAAGAGGAAAAAGAGAAACGCAUUAUAGGGCCAGUAUUAGGUUUGGUUGGUAGUGCACUUGGAGGUUUACUUAAAAAGAUUGGAUAA